GGGGUUAUAAAGGGAGGUGGUCGGCUCAGCAGCUCCUGGUGCCUCGGGCAGGGGGUUCCAGUGCUGCGGCCACAUCGUCCCUGCAGGUCUGAGUAAGGGAAGCUGGGCGCAGGGAGGGGCUGGAGGGACCCCAGGCGGUGCUGGGCACCCCGGCACCCCCCACCCCCCCCCCCGCAGCAGCUGAGGGCUGAUGGUUCUGAGCACCCGCCCUUCCCCGCACGGCAGCAGGAUCGGGCCCCCGCGCGCUGCGGGGCAGCCCUUCGCCCCGGGAGAUCUGGCAGCCGGCGAGGACGUGUGGGGAUCUGCCCCGAACCUCGUCCCUUCCCCCUGGGAAUCUCCUCCUUGCUCCCAGGAGCCCCGGGAUGACUCACAGGGCGCCGGCGUCUCCCGCGCCGGUGAUGCGAUCCUGCCGUGGGCAACCACCCACCCGCAGCAGCGCCGGCCUCGGCAGAGGGACACCCCGCAGGCUAGCUAACAGGAUUGGGGGACCAUGAACUGGGGGGUGUUUGAAGGGCUCCUCAGUGGGGUCAACAAGUACUCCACAGCCUUCGGCCGCAUCUGGCUCUCCCUCGUCUUCAUCUUUCGCCUUCUGGUCUACGUGGUGGCGGCCGAGCGGGUCUGGAGUGACGACCACAAGGACUUCGACUGCAACACGAAGCAGCCGGGCUGCACCAACGUCUGCUACGACCACUUCUUCCCCGUCUCCCACAUCCGCCUCUGGGCCCUGCAGCUCAUCCUGGUGACCUGCCCGUCCCUCCUGGUCAUCAUGCACGUGGCCUACCGGGAGGCCAAGGAGCAGAGGCGCCGCGCCGCCGGCGGGGACAGCGGCCGCUGCAUCUACCCCAACCCCGGCAAAAAGCGGGGGGGGUUGUGGUGGACCUACCUGCUCAGCCUCUUCUUCAAGGCCGGCGUGGACGUGGUCUUCCUCUACAUCUUCUACCGCUUCUACAGGAACUACACCCUGCCCCGGCUGGUGAAGUGCGAGCUGCCCCCUUGCCCCAACGUGGUGGACUGCUUCAUCUCCCGGCCCACCGAGAAGACCAUCUUCACCCUCUUCAUGGUGGUCACCACCUGCAUCUGCGUCGUGCUGAGCCUUGUCGAGGCCGUCUACCUGAUCGGCAAGCGGUGCCGCGAGUGCCUCCUGGCCGGCAGCGGGGAGUGCCGCCGGCACAGCCAGGACUGCGCGCUCUCCCACGCCGAGCCCGCGGGCACGGGGGGGCAAGUUUUCCACGGGGUGGACUACAAACCCGCCACGGCCUCCAGCCCCGCCAUGGCCUCCAGCCCCAGCACGCUGCCCGAGGAGGAGGAUCUUUCCUAGAGCUGCGCCAGCGGAAAGCAGGAGCUGCUCUGCACCUUCAUCUCCCCUCUCCUCUUCCUCCUCCGUCUCCCCGGCGCAGGAACACUGGGGGCAGCAGCAUCUCAGUGUCGGGCUGUGCCCGAGGGCAGUCUGCUUCUCCCACCCUGGGGAAGGCACGUUACAUCGUUCUGCUGAAUUGGGGGUAAAACCAGGUGCUGUAGGACACGGGCAGUCCCCAAGAGCAAACAGGAGCAAGCAGCUCCGUGACCCGGCAGCGGUGCCCGGAGGUCAGGCCUGUCCUAGCCAGGCUGCCUCAGCUGGUCCUGAGGGUAUCCUUGCAAGGAAUAACAAUUUCUGUCCCUCGGAAGCGAUGGCCAAGGCGGUUGUUCUCCUGCUCCUCGGGCACAGCACCCCUGGAAAGGCAUCGCUCCCCCGGGCAGCUCCAUGCUGCCCCCAGACCAGCCGUGGUGACAAACCACUGGCUGCCGGCUUGGCUCUGCUGCAGAAAAACCACUGAAAACUGGAGCAGCCCCUGGAGCUGGGCAUGAGCGACGGCUCUGGCCGGAGAUGGGGAGCAUCAAGGCCAGGAGGGUGGGUUUGGGGAUGUUACGAGCUCUGUGCUGCCAGGGGAAGGGCUUGUCCUUCUGCCCAGCAAGUCAACGGCAAAACUCUUGCUGCAUUCAGGCACUGGAUGCAAGCGAGCAAGCAGGACAGCUUAAUUAUCUCCCUGUAAUCACAGGCUCUAAAAAAAAAUGAAAUAAAUUCUUGAUUUAAUAUGGGCUGCUGGGCACCGGCGGGCACACCCAGGGGUGUGAAUGUCCCCAGGGACCCACGGUGGCCGUGGGCUGGCAGGGACAGGCUGGAACAAAUUCGACAUGUCACAAGCUUUCAAACCAGCUCGGAUGUGGGGGGGCGAGGGGCUGGCCAGGACGGACACCCCAAGGAACCCCUAUCCCUCGGCCUAUGUAAGCUGCACCGCAGGUGUCGGGGCCAGUUCAGACGGAUGUGAUGGUCAUUAAUUACACUCAUUAUCCGAGUGGGGACAAGAGCACGUGCUUGGUGCGGCAGCCACCCCAGCGAAGUACAGGGGUGAGGAUCCGGCCGGGCAGGCAGAGCCCAGCGUGGGCUGCCGGCUCUUCCUGCCCCGCUAGAGGAAAACACCUGAGCAAAACAGCCGAAUAAAGGAGAGGAAAAACACCGCAACCAUUGAUUAAACAAUAACAUUAAA